GAGAGAGAGAGAGAGAGAGAGAGCUUCAGUAGUUUAAUGCCGAGGGGUUGAGGGACCGUUUGUGCCGGCCUGCCAUCUAAUUAACAGAAACCCCUCCGUCGUCGCGUCUCUCUCUCUCUCUUAAACUUCUGAUCUGAAGUCUCACACGUAGAAGGCAAUUUGGAGGGUGGUUGUGUAGCUGAAAGCUCGAUCUUCCGGACGUCUCAGUAAUAGUCCACAUGGAACCAAACAAGCUACCUGAAUAUUCUCUCAACCAACCACUAGUAGAGAGAGAGAACAAAAAGGAGCUUGUGAGUUAUGCUACGGAGGCACAUGGUUUGAGAGAUGUUGAAUUGGUGAAAUCAGUUUCUGAUAAACCCUUUGAUCUUUUGAGACCUUCAGCACGACACCAUUCACUGUUUAAAGCACAAGCAAGAAACACUGCAGACCCUGAAAAAGGCAAGUAUACACUUAUUAGAGAUGCAGAGGACUUCCAGCCAGGGACUUUGGACAAGCCCCUUCCUUGCUUCGGUUGUGGGAUAGGAUGGUUUUCUUUUCUGGUAGGCUUUGCAUUCCCACUUAUGUGGUACUAUGCCACAAUUCUUUACUUUGGAAACUACUACAGAAAGGACCCCAGAGAACGGGCUGGCCUUGCUGCUUCUGCAGUAUGUCUUACCCCCAAUGUUUUAUGUUUUUAGGGAACCACUCUAGCGGUAGCUGGUGGUGGCAGUGCAUCCGUCAAACUGUGAGACACAGCCGAAUGGAAGCUGAUUGCCUCCUUAUCCAUCCCUCGCCCGGAAGGGUUAAAGCCCUCUGACAAAAGCGGGAACAAGAAGUUUGUCCUCUCAGUCGCGUGGAGUCCAGAUGGAAAACAACUAGCUUGUGGCUCAAUGGAUGGCACCAUCUCUAUCUUCGACGUUCCUCGCGCCAAAUUCCUCCACCAUUUAAAAGGCCACUUCAUGCCUGUUCGUUCUCUUGUGUACUCGCCUGUCGAUGCGCGAGUCCUCUUUUCGGGCUCCGACGAUGCCCACAUUCACAUGUACGACGCAGAGGGAAAGAGCUUGAUUAAUGCUAUGUCGGGUCACGCUAGCUGGGUCUUGAGUGUUGAUGUGAGUCCAGAUGGGGCGGCAAUUGCGACAGGCUCAAGCGACAAGACAGUGAAGCUGUGGGAUCUUAAAAUGAGAAUGGCUUCGCAGUCGCUGACCAACCAUAUGGAUCAUGUCUGGGCGGUGGCAUUUCGGCCGCCCAGUGGGACUGGCGUGCGAGCCGGGUUCCCUUACGAUUCAAAAAAAUCAGGACACAAAAAUAAAUAGCCACGGAAUACACCAUAAAUAUGAGAAGAUAAGAGCAUAUCGUUGUCUGAUUAUUCGUGAUUGAUGUAAUCUAUCUUGUUUUGGAUGAUGUUGAAGAUUCUGUUUUCAUUUUGGAAUUGGUUCUCGUUUUCUUCUCUGCAUUUACUGAUAAUGUAUCUAGGAAAAUUGUUCGGUUCCGAACUAAUUUUAUCUUGUGCUUAUCUUUCUGUAGUAGUCUUUAGUGUCAUGUAUCAUGAGAUUCUGUUAAUGUAAUCUGGAAAAAAAAAUAUGAACAGUUGAGUUAUCUUGGAUUUGUCUACCCUAUUUGAUAGUUCUA